AUGAAGCUCAAUCUUGUCACUUUAUUUGCCUGCGUUCCCGCUCUCUUCGUCGAAGCAAGCAAAGUUAGGAGUGAGGACAUCUCUGUAACGUCGGCAUGUCGACGUGCCUGCUCUCGUAUUGCCAAUGACUUCAACUCUGCAACAACCAACCCGGGAAAUGGGAACCUCACGGUCUGGGAUGCCAAGCAGCAGGCUGUCCAGUCAGCCUGUCGUGUUGUUCCUGUAUCUACCGACGAGGUGUCCCGAGUGAUGGGAAUCGUGAUCGAGGAAUCGUGCCACUUUGCCGUCAAAGGGGGAGGUCAUGCACGUUAUCCGGACGACUCGGUGUCCGUUGGAGGAGUGACUAUCGAUAUGCAGAGAAUGAGAUCCAUCCGCGUUUCACCAGAUCGGAAAACCGUGAAAGUGGGCAGCGGGCAUAUACUACACAGCGUUUACGAAGCCCUUGACCCGUAUAACAUGACGAUAGUCGGAGGUAGAGCCGCCACAGUCGGUCUUGGUGGAUAUACCCUCGGCGGGGGUUUAUCCCAUCUCUCCCCGAGAUAUGGACUAGCUAUGGAUAACGUGUUUGAGUACGAGCUUGUCCUGCCUAACGCUACGGUAGUGGCAGUGAACGAGGACGCUCAUCCCGAUCUCUAUUUUGCCCUCCGCGGGGGUAUGAAUAACUUCGGCAUUGUGACUCAUUUUACCGUCAGAGCUGUGUCCCAAGGUCAAAUCCACGCCGGAGACAGGACCUACACAAUAGAUAAAAGAGAUGUCAUUCUAGACCAGGCAUACAGGCUUACGACACAAUGGAAAAACGACACAGCCAUGUCCUUCUACCAUGGCUUCGGUUAUAAUCAAAGUACUGACCAUUACACUUUGUCCUUUACCCCGGAGUAUUCCCAUCCCAUUCUGAACCCUCCUCCGUUUGCAGAGCUAAAACGUAUCGCAUUCGAGACUGAUACGGUUCGGCUCGAUCGGGCAAGUGAAUUCUCAAAGGAGGUCGCGUCGGCAACUCCUCCGGGAGGUCGCAACCUGUUUGCCACUAUGACGUACUACUCAUCAUUGGAGCUUGAUAAACAGAUGCAAGAAAUCAUGAUGGAAGAGAUCGAGUCGUUCAAAAGGACUGCAGGAUUCUUUCCCAACUUGAUCCUGCAGCCACUCUAUGAAGCUGCCAUCCAUGCUGGGAGACAACGCAGCGGGAAUGCUGCAGGGAUCAAUGCUGAUGGCCCUCUCACCGUUGCCCUACUAACUGUUCUCUGGGAGAACUCUGCCGAUGACAAUGCAAUGAACACAUUCGUCAGCCGAUGGGUAGAAAGGGCCACUACCUUCAUCCACAAGUCGGGGAAAGACCACCCUUGGCUUUAUAUCAACUACGCUAGUAAAGAUCAAGAUCCAUUUUCCGGAUAUGGAGAGAAGAACCUCCAGCGACUGCGGGAUAUCCAGAAAAUGGUUGAUCCUACAGGUGUGUUUACAUCAACAGGAUUGUGCAGAGGGUAUUUCAAAUUGUUGUAA